UGUCAAAUUACUGUCAUUCCUUCAAAAACUUAACCUCUAAAAGCUACACGUGUUUUUAACAAUAACUAGGACAUAAUUAAGAAAAAUGGUUUCUAAACGCAAGAAAAAGUAUUCAACUGGAGAGGGGGCCCAAUUUAUGACACGAAAAGCUGCUUUAAAAAAGUUACAACUUUCUUUAAAUGACUUCAGGAAGUUAUGCAUUUUAAAAGGAAUAUAUCCAAGAGAACCUAGGAAUCGGAAAAGGGCUCAGAAAGGGAAGGCUGGCAUUAGAACACUGUACCAUGUGAAGGAUAUACAGUUCUUGUUACACGAACCUAUAAUCUGGAAAUUACGUGAUUAUAAGAUUUUUAAUAAGAAAGUGGGACGCGCUAGGGCGGUGCGAGAUUUUGAGAAGCUAAAUAUAUAUUUAAAUAACCAUCCAACAUUGCAAUUAGAUCACAUAGUGAAAGAACGGUACCCAACAUUCAUUGAUGCUUUAAGGGAUUUGGACGACUGUUUAACAUUGUGUUUCUUAUUCAGCACAUUCCCAUCUCUAGCUCAUGUACCAAGAGAUCAAUCAGCACUGUGUAGAAGACUUACUCUCGAGUUCUUGCAUGCCAUUAUUGAAGCAAGAGCGUUAAGAAAAGUUUUCAUAUCGAUUAAAGGGUAUUACUAUCAGGCUGAAAUUAAAGGACAAACGAUAACGUGGAUAGUACCACACCACUUUUCAUUUACACCACAAAGUAAGGCCGAGGUUGACUUUAAAAUAAUGUCGACUUUUGUCGAGUUUUACACCGUUAUGUUGGGAUUUGUUAACUUUAAAAUUUAUCACAGUUUAAAUUUGUUUUACCCUCCAAAAUUGUCGUCAACGGUACGAGCAGAUAGUGAAAAGUCUUUAGUAGAUGAAGACGCUUUUGUAGCAGAACGAGUAGCAGCUUUGAAUUUCGCCGUAUCGAAAACAUCAAACGAACCAAUAGACGAGGAUUUAGAAAUAGACAGUUUCCAAACAGGCGAGGAAAAUGCGGAGAAAAUUGAAGAAGCAAAGAAGGAAGCCGAGAAUAUCAGGACUCUCAAAACUCUUUUCAAGGGUUUAAAGUUUUACUUAAACAGGGAAGUUCCUAGGGAACCACUAGUGUUUAUUAUAAGGUGUUUUGGUGGUGAGGUAUCUUGGGAUAAAACGCUUUUUGUGGGCUCAACUUUUGAUGAAAAUGACGAAUCGAUCACUCACCAAAUCGUCGACAGGCCAUCGAUGGAUAAACAGUAUAUUUCAAGGUAUUACAUUCAACCUCAAUGGGUCUUCGAUAGUGUCAACGUAAGGCAACUGUUGCCAGUUAACAAAUACUUCAUGGGUGAAGUAUUACCCCCACAUCUCUCACCAUUUACUGAUAAGGAGAGGGACCAAUUGUAUAUUCCGCCGGAAGAAAGGGCUCUGUACGAUCCAACUUUGCUGGAGGAACAGCACAGGAAGGACGAAAAGAUUGAAGAGGGCAACGAGAGCGAAGAGGAGGAAGAGGUUGAGGAAGAGGAAGAAGAGGAAACGGAGUUAAUCGAGGAUGAAACAGAGGAAGAGGAUGAGGAUGAAAACAAAGAAAAAAAACCCAAGUUGUCUGUCAGUAAGGGUGAAAUUUACAAGGAAGUCCCAUGGGAAAAGAACAGGCAAGAGAAGCAGGAGUAUCGUCUUAGAGAGAAGAUGAUAAAGAACAAACACAAGAAGCUGUACAAGAGCAUGAUGGCGGGAAGAAAGGAGAGAGCCAAGGAAAUCUGGUUAUUGAGGAAGAAGAGAAGGCUACAUGAUGAGAAACAGACGGACGAGAAGAAAACUAAAAAAACACAAAAGAAAGCAACUAAAGUGCCGAAAUCAGCCAAAAAAGUGCAAAAACAGAAAACAUGAAGGGAAGAUUAAACACAGUUGUAUAAUUUGCCUUUAUUAAUAUAAAUUUGAUAAAA